AUGCCACUCGAUAAAGACGAUACUCCCAAUCGAUCUCCUUCCAUUAGAUAUACAAAACACCAGAAAAGCAACGAAAGACAAAAAACAACACUAAACACACGAAAUGACAAAAACGAGCAAAAUGGUCCGACACGACACAAACCAUCCCUCACUCUCUCAUUUCAAGACUAUGUUUAUCCCAUUAGCUCCUGCCUCAGAAAACAGUAUUCUCAAAAGCCCGCGGGCUGGGCUGGUAACGUGCGCCAGGGACAUGCUCGCUCGCCGUUCAUUGACCCUCAAUUUUUCGCCGCAAAACUCCACUGCCAGUCCAAGGCCGUCAAUGAACAACAACAAUUGAGAAGAGUGGAGAAAGGGAAGGAGUGGCAGCAUAGAUAG